GAAGGCGGCCUGGAGGUGGCUGCCGGCAAAGUUGAGGGCGGCGGCACGAAAAUACACAUGCCGAAAGUCAAGGUGCCCAGCGUGGUCUUCUCCAAGCCGACCGUCAAGGCUCCCAAACUGGACGCAGACGUCAGCCUGCACAAAGUCGACGCCAGCCUCCCAGAGGCAGACCUCAAGGCCGGCGCCGGCGACAUCAGCAUCGCGGCCCCCGACAUCAAGCUGCCCUCCGUCGAAGGCUCCCUCGAGCUCCAGGCGCCCGAGAUAGACCUCAAAGUGCCCUCUGGCGAAGGCUCGCUCGACGGAGCCGAGCUGGAAUCCGCGGGCCUGAAGGGGAAGUUUAAGAUGCCCAAGUUCGACAAGCCCAAAUUCGGAGUGUCGCUUCCCAAGGCGGAAGGGCUGGAAGGCGAGGUCAGCCU